AUGUCCGACCCUCAGAAGCCGCCGCCCUACUCUAGCGCUGUGCCGCCUUCCCAAGGCCAGCCGGUGAUGGGUCAACCGCUUGCUGUUGAUCAAUAUGGCCGCCCCAUCGUUGAUCAGUUUGGUCGACCGAUUGCCGCGGUCCCAGUUUCUGUUGACCAGUUCGGACGUCCGAUCAACACGAUUCCAGUUGUGCAGGCCCAACUGCCUCCCGCUCGCGUUGUCGCGAACAACGCGAAUAUCCGCCGAGAUGCUCAAGGAAAUGCGCUUUGCAACAAGUGCAGCGCUCCGUAUCCCCUUCCUAAUGGUGCCACCUCGUGGCGAUGCCGACAAUGCAGCGAAUUCAACAACGCCAGCGUCAUCAUGCUGCGGCUGCUGUUCCGCCGCCGCCGCCGCUGCCUCGUCGGUCCUCUCAACGCCGCUGCAUCCUUCUCAACUAAGCCGUCUGUUCGCGUGCGACAGCAUGUGAACCCACUCGCGCAACGCUACCAAGAGCCCAUCACAUUACCAGAUUGGACGGCCAUCUUUCCACCGCCUCCUGCGAAGGUCCAUUUGGACAUUGGGUGUGCUCGGGCACAAUACCUCAUGAAGCUGGCGGCGAUCCAUCCGGACACGUGCUUUCUCGGCGUCGAGAUCCGUGAGCCAUUGGUAGUCGAAGCUCUGGAACGUAUGAAAGUCCUUGGCCUUCCCAAUGCCCAUGUCCUCCACGGCAACAUGAACGUGCAUCUGGACGCGAUCGUGGCAUCACUCACCCCUGAAUACACUAUCGGAAGCGUGUCCAUCUUCCACCCUGAUCCAUGGAUGAAGAAGCGGCAUGUGAAGCGCCGAGUCGUCAAUGAUGCGUUUGUUGCCGACCUCGCGCGCGUCCUCCCUCCGUCCACGCCCAUCUUCGUGCAAACGGACGUUCGAGACCUCUUCGAAUACAUGGUCGAGACAUUUCAAGACCACCCGGACCUGUACAUCCACGAUAACACAUCACAAGACACAAACGCCAUGGGCAUGCCCACCGAUCGGGAAUCGGCCGUCGUUGCCGAAUUCGGCGACAUCUACCGCACCACCUUCCGCACGAAGGCUUCGACUUUGGCGUAAGGGAGGACAUACAGUAACCACCACCAACACGACACAUCCCAGUCCAGUGUCUCCACCAGUACCAUCCAUCGUCAUCCUCACGUCGUCACCUUUGCGACCAGGGCAACCAUGACCUAUACGUACAGUAUAUAUAUCUGAUAUAAAGUCCUUUUACCUAAAAUUGGUUGACUUUUAAUUCUUUGCCAAA